GGCAGUAGUGGUGGCUCUGCGUUGAUGCUCACGCGUCGUCUCCAAGCAACGCGCUGAAAUGUUUUCGUGUUGUGUGCACAGGAUCAAACAAACCUGUCGAGCCGUGACAUUUGUUCACUUAUAGAAUGAAUGUGUUGCACGCUCUGCUAUUGAAAGAAAUGUGUGUAUUUGCUUUUUGAAACGCAUUUGCAACUAACAUUGACGAACAGAACCAAAAGGAGAAUCAAUCGUUGGGCAGCGUUACAGGGACGCCGCGAGCUCCGGGGUAAAUGGGGCUGUUCGACAAGCUCGCGGGAUGGCUGGGGCUGAAGAAGAAGGAGGUGAACGUUUUGUGCCUGGGCCUCGACAAUAGCGGGAAGACCACCAUCAUCAACCAGCUCAAGCCGUCUAACGCUCAGGCGCAAGACAUAGUCCCCACCAUUGGCUUCAGCAUAGAGAAGUUUAAAACCUCCAGCCUGUCCUUCACAGUGUUCGACAUGUCAGGACAAGGCAGAUACCGGAACCUCUGGGAACAUUAUUACAAGGAGGGCCAGGCCAUUAUAUUUGUCAUAGACAGUUCAGACAAGCUGAGGAUGGUGGUUGCCAAGGAGGAGCUGGACACUCUACUCAGCCAUCCAGAUAUCAAGCAUCGGCGCAUCCCCAUCCUGUUCUUUGCCAAUAAGAUGGACCUGAAGGAGGCACUUUCCUCAGUGAAGGUGUCGCAGCUGCUCUGCCUGGAGAACAUCAAGGACAAGCCCUGGCACAUCUGUGCCAGCAAUGCCAUCAAGGGGGAGGGCCUUCAGGAGGGUGUCGACUGGCUGCAAGAGCAAAUCGCUCAAUCAGAUCAGAACGAUGAGAACGUGAGACAGUAGAGGUGGGGAAACUCCACAUCGCUACGGCAACCCCAGCUCCAUUCUCACAUCGCUAGGCAACCUCCUGCUCCAGAUGUCUGUGAUCAUGUGACCUCUAACCUAUGACCCUGGGGAUGGGAAACGGGCACUGAUCUAUAAAGAAAGUUGUUUAUAGAUCAGUGGAAACAGGAGCCACAUUAGCUAACCCCCCCCACCACACACACCAACACACACACACACACACACACACAUCCUCACCACACAGCAUAGUCUAGUCUAGUCUAGUCUAGCCUAGCCAAAGGCCUGAGCAGUUGAUUCACUUCAAGUGGGCUGAUACUCCACUCCCAGUGCGUCACCUGGCAACCAUCACACUGUGUGUGUGCUUUUAGUGCUAGACCUGCAGAGCUGCUAGUGCCCUGCAGUACCAGCAACGUGCUCCAGGGGGUGCUCCUGUCUCUCACAAGAGCUCUGUCACCAGUUUAACUGAAGUUCUAAAGUUAUAUCCACAUGGAGAUAGACAAAUAGCUACUAUUACAUUUUUGUAUUUAUUUUUUAAAGUCCAUCUUAUUUAUUGUGACUGGUCUUCGUGUCUUGUGAGUAGGUUUGCUGUCAUUCGGCUGGCCUCGCUCCUGAUUAAAGGCUACACACACACACACACACACACACACACACACACACACAUACACGCACACACACACACACAGACA